CACGCAGGUGUGGCUCUGCUGCUGCUGCCGCCUCCGCCGCCGCCGCCGCCGCCGCCGCCGGUGGAGUGGGAAUAAACCAGUUAACCUCCGCUCUCAACAUCGGAUGGUGUUACAUUACAUAUCAGCCGCACUUUCACGGGAAAAAAAAAAAAAUUAUACAGGUUUGGCUUUAACAUAGCUGCAGGAAGACACGAUGGAGUCGCCUGUGGUGAACCUGUACAACCAGUUCCAGAGUCUCAGAGCCCAGCUGGACGGUCUGAAUGAGGGCAUUGAACCGCAGUUCCUCCAGAUGGCAGUGAACUUCGAGGAGUGCCGUAAGAAGUGGCUGCAGGCAGGUGAAGAGCUGGUUUCAUGUAAAGAGAUGCUGGCUAAAACAGAAACCGAGAGAGGAGCCCUGGAGGUCAAACUGAAGCACGCUCGCAACCAGGUGGAUGUGGAGAUCCGCCGGCGGCAGAAGGCUGAGACAGUCUAUGAGAAGCUGGAACGUCAGCUACAGCUGAUCCGGGAGCUGCUGAUUUCAGAGACCAACGGUAACAGUGUCCACCUGAGCGAGGAGCAGCGUUCAGCCCUGGCCUUCCUCAGUGCCCACUCCCAGGCAGCACAGGCUGCUAAAGGCAACCUCGACUCUAGCCGAAGGUUAACUACCAUUGAUGAAUCAGCUUCUUUGCUGUCAGACAUCAGCUAUGACCAUACGGACGACUCUUUGGACUGGGAUUCCUCUGUGAUGAAGACUGUGAGACUGCGGAAACGGCAGAAACGACGUUCCUCCAGAAAACUCCCUGAGGUUCCUCCACAGGCCGUGAAAAAACCUCGCUCCACUGGACGCACAUCAGAUAGGAUGAAUGAGUCCAUCGUGGCCAAAACUACCAUCCUUGUGCCUGUAAAUGGUGGUACUGUCGAGGCAGUCUCCACCAUUGAAACUGUGCCGUACUGGACACGCAGCAGAAAGAAGAGUGUUGCUCCGGCGUGGGGUGAUACAACCACCACUGACCAAUCUGAGACUGCCAGUGAGGCUCCCAGCACACCAGUCUCAGAUUUUCCAGCCCAACUCCGAACUCCCAAAGCUAAUGGAGGAGGAAAGAAGCACCACUUCAUCCCCAAAACAGUGAUCAAGUCUGAAUUCUGUGUGCCAUGUGGAAGAAGAACAAAGUUUGGCAAGAUGUACCUUCGCUGCCAGGACUGCAGGGUUGUGACCCAUCCAGAGUGUCGUGACCGCUGUCCCUUGCCCUGUAAUCCCACAGCUAUUAGCACUCCCAUCAAAAACACGGAGGCCACCCUGGCCGACUUUGCUCCAGUCACGUCCCCAAAGAUCCCAGCCUUGGUUAUCUACUGCAUUAAGGAGAUUGAACACAGAGGCCUACAUGAGGUUGGCCUGUACAGACUCUCUGGCCACGAGCGCUUGGUGAAAGAGCUGAAGGAGAAGCUGAUUAGAGGAAAAACUCUACCUCCGCUUAACAAAGUACAAGACAUCAACGUCAUUACAGGUGUCCUCAAAGACUUCCUCAGGAACCUUCCAGAGCCACUGCUCACCUUCCACCUCAACAAAGCCUUCCUGGAAGCAGCUGAAAUCCAGGAUGAUGGCAACAGUCUGGCCGUGUUGUACCAGACCAUUAGUGAGCUGCCUCAACCCAACCGAGACACUCUGGCCUGCCUGAUGAUUCAUCUGCAAAAGGUGUCUCAGAGUGUAGAUACAAAAAUGGAUGUGAACAACUUGGCUAGGGUCUUUGGCCCAACCCUUGUGGGUCAUGCUGUUCCCAACCCAGACCCUAUGACCAUCCUGCACGACACAAGUAGACAACCAAGGGUGAUAGAGCGCUUGCUCGGUAUUCCAGCAAGCUACUGGAGCCAGUUUGCCUAUCCAGAUAACACAGCAAUGGACAAUGCUCACCAGUUUGAUACUCCAGACCACAAAGUGAGCAUAUUGGGACCAGUGACCACUCCAGAGCACCAGAUGAUGUCUAAAACACCGUCGUCUAGCUCACUGUCCCAGCGCAUGAAGCAGACCCUCUCCAGCACCACUAUAUUUGGGAGCAAGAGCAAAGCAACCGACUCUAACAGACAGUGCAACUUCUUCGCUUCUCCACAGCUGAAGUAAUGAAAGAGAUUU